AUGCCCUGUAUCAAUAUCGGGAAGGGUACAUUCAAACAUUUUAUUGUGUUUAUUUAUUUUUUCUCUUUCUUCAGUUCUAGAUUCCGAUCCGGACUCUACAAUUCUCCAGUUUUGUUUAUUACAGGUUCUCAAGGAAGUUUCAAGACAGUCAGAUCAUUAGCAACAACUGUCUAUAAUUUUGCACAAUAUAGUUCAUCACUUGAUUACUACAGUGUUGAUUUCAAUGAAGAACCGUCUGCUCUCAGUGGUGAAAUUAUUGAACGUCAAACUGAUUUUGUGGAUAAAGCGAUCGAUACUAUUUUAGGAACAUAUGCUAACCGACCUAAUCCUCCUGAACAUAUCGUGUUAAUAGGUCACUCUGUUGGUUCUGUAGUAAUUUUCAACUUCUUGUCAUCACGUUGGAGUAUAACUCAAACUAAAGUUAAAUUAGUUUUAUCCUUGGCUGGUCCAAUUUAUCAACCAGUUAUUUUGCCAGACCGUUCAAUGGCGCAAAUUUAUCAACGUAUACACAAUUAUUUGGAUGAGAUUUCAAAUAUUCCCAAUUAUCCUUUAGUAAUUAUAUCAAUUACAGGUGGUUCUCGAGAUCGAAUUGUUCCUGAUUUACUUGGAAAUAUUGAUCAAGCUUAUCCUGUUUUAAAUUCACUCAGUUUAUCCACAUCUGCAAUUCAACAUGUUUGGGCAUCUUGUGAUCAUCGGUGUAUUCUUUGGUGUUUACAAUUGAUGUUGGUAUUGAACAAAGGUUUACUUGUACACAAUUCAUUUUCUUCAGAUCCUAUCAGUCGUUUGAAUGUAUUUCGUAAUCUACUUAUUACAAGACCUUUGUUAUCUUAUACUAUUCAUUAUGAUCAUGAUAAUUAUCAAGAAUCCAACUUCAAAUUGUUACAAACAAUUUCAUCAGAUAUGUUUUGGAUUGAUAAAACAAAUCAACUGAAUUCUAUCAUGAAUUUUUAUGUGCCCUAUAAUGGUCUACUAGUUAAAUUUGGUCCAUUUUUCUUCAAUCCAGAACAACAUAUUUUGAUCUUGGUCACUAAUGCACCUGACGACUGGCUUCAUUUAUGCAUUGAAAUAAAUCAUACAAGUAAUAAACAUUGUGAUUAUUUUGUUCCGAUCCCGUCAUCUCUUGUCACUUGGUUACCGGAUCCAUUAACUGGAAGAUCGAUUGCAGCUGGUUUAAUUACAUUACCAAUGUUACAAAAAUUAAAUGUGUUUCACAGCUUAUCACUACCACUUACAAAUCAAGAAAGCAUUGAUGAGUUAAAGUUGUAUUUAGUAGUCUCAAGUGGUAUAAAUCCAUUUUGGGAUAAUAUGACAAUCUUGUUUGAUACAUUCGAUAAUGCUACUGAACGAAUUCAUUCAAAUCUACCAUAUUAUCCGAGUAUAUCAUCCUAUUUUGGUGAAAAUUCCAUAAUAACUUUCAAUCCUAAUAUAACAGGAAUAUUUCAUCGUUUUUAUUUACCGAAUAAAAAUUAUUAUCUAAGCUCAUCUACAAUUGGACCAAAUUUAUUGAUUAAACGAACAAAUUGUUCUGCUGAUAAAAGAUUUAUGGGAAUGGUUACUUUGAAUACAAUUUGGUGUAAUUAUUUUCAUUAUGUUACAAUUGAAAAUGACAAAACAGAAAUAUCUUUUCAACUUCCAAUAUCAUCGAUAUCCUUUUCAAAUUAUUUAAAAGAAUCUCCUUCAUUUAUUGAUUUCUAUUUGGAUCCAAAUUGUGUUUAUGAAGUGUCUUUUUAUUAUUCUCUAAUUAGUUGGUUUUCUCAAUUGAUUCGUCUUCAUUGUACACAUUUUGGUGGAUUACUAUGUGGACAUUUAGUAUUAUCAUUAGUUAUAUUAACAUUUCGAUUAAUCUCAUUUAAUGAAAAUCAUUUCUUGCCAAUCUCUCAUCAUAACUUCUUAUCAAUAAUUCAUGAGAUAUAUUAUCAUCAAGUUGUUGUUUUAAUACAUUUUCUCAGUUUUCAACUAAUAUCUUUACCUUAUUCUGAAUGGAUUGAAUUACAACAAAUUGGACAACUUGGCUUACGUUUCAUUCAUACAAUCAAAAUAUUAUCAUUUAUUGAUUUUUCUAAUAAUUUAAUAUUGAUUUUAAAUCAUUUACCAUUAUUGAUUAUAUCAAUACCAUAUGGAUUUAUAAUACCAUUAUUAAAUGUUAUUAUUGAUAAAGGAUUUUUAUUCUUAUUAUCAUUAUCAUCAUCAUCAUCGUCGUCGCAAUUCAUUUAUCGAAAUAAUUAUUCUAUAAUGAAACAUAAUGAUAAUUUUAUUUCAUCUUCUACAUGGAUUAUGAAUGUUUCAACAUUGUUUAUUCUAUCUAUUGCUUGGUUAUUAACUGAAUCAUUAGCUGUUCUCUUACUCAGCUUAUUGUUAUUGAUGAAUAAUAUUUUAUUUGAUCAACAAAAUUAUAUUAAGAAUAUACAAAAAUCAUUAUGUAAUCAUAAUCAUAAUCAUAAUCCAUUCAUUCAAUUAAUCAAUAAUAAUAAUGAUGAUAAUCAAUAUCAAAUAAUAAAAUAUCAAUUAAGAUUAUAUUAUUUAAUUAAAUGUCGUUUAUUUAUUUUAUUAUUGAUUAUUAAUUUAUUGAUGUUAAAUGAUUGGAUAUUAUUUAUUGAAAGAAUUCAAUUAUUGGAUUAUUAUAAUAUUUCUAGUUUCUUUUUACAUUAUUCAUCUAUUUUACAAUUUCAUCAUAUUAUACCCAGUACUUUCAUUCUAUUAUGUACAUCAAUAUGGUUAUUACAAUUUGCUAGAUCAUUUCAUAAGAUGAUACAAUUUACUAUAUUUAGCCUUGAAUGUAUUAGUUUAAUGUUAUGGUUUUCAUGUAAAUCUUACACUAUGAAAAUAAAAAAUUGA